AUGUGGUUUGCUAAUCUGUCGAGGUUUGCUCCAGAAUUGGUGGAGACGGAGGACUUGCGUUGUUUCAAGUUUGAGAGUAAGCUGCAUGACGACAUUCGUGUAAGGAUAGCGGGGUCUUGGCAUAAAAGAUAUAGUGUGCUUAUUGAGGCGGCUGCUCAUGUUGAGGCAGCGGUGUUAGCUAUGGGACAAGAUAGGGAAGAGCCCAUGGUGAUGGAUUCGGGAAAGGGUGAACGAAAGGUUGUUACUUGCUUCAAGUGUGGCCAGCUGGGACACAAGUCCCCAGCUUGCCUGCAGAGGAAGAGGGCAGGGUUGUUAGUCCGACCAGUAGCUGCACCACCAGAAUCUUCUAGUCAGCCGGGUAUUGGGCCAAUCGAACGUAUAGUGGGGAAGCAGUCAUUGGGGCCUUCAUCAGCCCAGAUUCUGAACCAGUCUCGUGCUCAGGCACCGCCUACUUGUUGGACGUGUAAUCAGCCGGGUCAUAUUCGACGUUUUUGUACUCAGCCGGGGCUUCUUUAG